GUUUUGUGUCUUGUGUGUGUGUUUUAUUUCUAUCGUUUAAAAAACAUAUAUAUAUUUUUUUUGCUAAUACACGUCUUGUCGUGUAUAGUUUUGUGGUGUGUUUUAAUAUUGAAAAUAUUAUAGCGUUAUCGAUAAUCCGGGGAAAACUAUCAUGUACCGCGGCUGUGACCGUCGAGCGUGGUGCGUAUCUUCCGUGUACCGAUGAAACCGCAAAAGUAGAGAGAAAUCGCACGAUAAAUACCUAGCUGUGUGCCGACGUUGAUUGUGUGGGACAUUGAUCUGAACGACGAUGGCCAAGGUUCCCGGCGAAAGUAAAAUACCCGUGCUGAACUCGUCCGUCCCGCUGAGAUCUCGAUUUUCCAAUAUAUCCAACAAAGUGCGUUCUCAUUUCGAUGGCAGCUCCUAUCGAAACUCGUCGACGACUUCCACGCUGUUUGGGCUUUUCAACGGCGGCGGCGGUACCGACAUGACAUUGAAAUCUCAAAGCGCGGCACCUCCCCAACCGCAGCCUCAGCCACCGCCUAAUCGCCCUUCGUCGCUUUUCAAACCGGCCAACCGCGUGUCGGUCACCGAAAAAGACCUCGGUAGUUUGGUGGAAUUGACUCAGCAUUCCAAAACAGGUGUGCUCAGGUAUUUCGGCAAGACCGUGUUGGGUCCGGGCGACUGGUGCGGCGUCGAGGUCGAACCCGGCCACGGUGUUUGCGACGGGUCCGUGUGCGGUGUCAGGUAUUUCGCUUGCCGCGACCAAUGCGCACUGUUUGUGCUGGCCCAUUUGGUGCGACUGCCGGCGGAAAGCAGCCGCCAACCGCCGCACAUUGUCGUUGUUGGCGACAGCGGCGGCAAACUGGAAGCCGAACUCAUGUACGACGACGACGGCGGCAGUCCGGCGGCAAUGGCCAACUGCUGCUGGGAUUUGGACAUAAGAAAAACCGAAUCCCCCUUCGAAGGCACCGACAGCUUGGGCAUACUGACGCCCGACCAGAUGGUCGAGUUCAAAGGGGACGAAGCCCAUUAUGAAGUGCCCGGUAUUUUUUUCAAAAUGUCACCUCACCAAAUUACAGAAUGUAUUUCCGAAGGAGACAUUGUUAUGAGCGAUUUGGAAAUGAUAUCGAUGCCGAAAGACGACGAUUUAGUGUCGCCGGUCCUGUCUUCGGAUCCUCCUUCAAAUCCAACAGUGUCCGAACAAGACAGCGCAGCAAGCACCGCUUAUCCCAAACGUUCGACCGUGUCUUUCGGUCAUGUGUUCUACGAUAACGUCAUAAUUGAUCGAACCCCGUCUUUGGAAGAUCUACCCAUGGAUGACUUUUCGUCUAGAACCACGACCGAAGUGAAAGCGUCAUCGACGAUUGACCCUCCCAACGUUGUCUUGACCAGUAUAACCAGCGUGGGAAGUCUGGACACUGGAUAUCAGGGCGACGGCGAAACGAGUCGCCCCACCAGUCGUGGGGCAACAGCAGUGAAACGGACUGACGGCGGUGGACCGACCGAACCGAUGACCGAUUCUGACUUCUUCACCGAAAGCGAAGCCGAAGACCAUUGUCAUCGCAAGGCCAGGGUUAUCGACGGGACACUUUAUUCUGGAGACGUUGCCAAACAGCAGGAAUCAUCGAAUGGCAGCACGGCGGCGGCUGUUCCUGCUCCUGCUACCAUCGAAGAAAUGGACUCAAGUGGUGUGUAUUCCGAUUUUGACAGGAUAUUCGAAGAACCUGCGACGACGGCCGCGCAGCCAGAAAAUCCCGAAGGAGCAGCGGUGUCGUCGUCAAACACACAAUCUUCCACGUCGCCCUCGUCCAUAAACAGUCUACUGGUGGUUCUUCCUGCUGCUGCUGCUGCUGCUGCUGCGACCACCGAUUGUUGUGCGGAAGACGCUUCGAGUCCGGCCAGCAAAAGAUACAAAAGACCACCGACGACCGCCGUUCAGAAGCCCAAGACACUCGAUCUGUGCCAAGACCAAGAAAACCGGGCGCCCAGGGCUAGGAAACCGGCCGGUCGUUGGGACGCUGUUAUGAAUAAAAUCGAAAAGAGCAAAGUCGAUCAGAAGACCCACGCCAACAGGCUGAAAGACGUCAAGAGCAAGAUAAACACCGUCAACCCUCUUAACAACAAUAGGCUAAAAGAAUCGCCGACAAACACUGAACCGCCGUUGCCGACGAAUACUCAUAGAUCUCAUAGAUUGAACACUCCUCUCAAAGCGAAAAGUCGCAAGACAAGAGCUCGCGGUGGAUCCGAAUCGAAUUUACCAAUUACCAACGACCAUCAACCAAACGCCGCCUCCAGGCCAAGAUGUAUACCAAAGAGUUCUCAAAAUAGUUCCAGAGACAGUUCGUUUAGUGACCUUAGCAGUGAAACUAAAAUAGCGUUGAAACAAGCCACUUCGCACCCUACUCUUGUCCACAAGAAUUUCAAUUCUCGUUCGGCUGUAAAUAAUGCUGCAGCAGUGACCAACGCCUCGACAUCGGUUCGCGCAGCCAAGCCGGUGGUUCAUACUACACCAAAAGGCCCUUCCAAGACCAAAAGAAUCAAUACAGAGCAUAAUCUUUUGGUGGCAAAACCGUCCGAAGGCAGAGGAGGCUCGACGACUGCACCUCAUGUCAACAAUGGCAAAGCACCGGCAUCAGCAGCAGCUACGGCCAAAGUUCCUGCCACCAUUCCCACGACCGCACCUGUCGUUGCUGCUGCUGCUGCCCAACACAAACCACCUCAGACCACCGUCUUAGCUCAGAACAAGCGAAACGAUGCUCUAUCUCGGCAACGGGCCGUCGAAGCCAGGUUGCUGCACGCCACCAAAGGCUUCGAAGCUUUUGCCAUAUUCGCCAACUAUCUGGUUAACGAGAUGGACGCUAUGUCUACGACGAUACUCAAGCAACAGUUGCAAGACAGCAAAAAAGAUCUACUGUCCACCAAAAGCGCGUUGGAAGAAUCCCAGGCAAAGUGUGAACAGUAUCAAAAAGAAAUCGACAAGCUCCAAGAAGAAAUCGAAAAGUACCAAAGUUGUUUGCAAGACAAGGACAAGCUCAUCGACAACGUUACUUGUCAAAAGAAUACCGAAAUUAUCGGAUUAGAGGAAAAAAUACACAAACAAGCUAACGAUCUUCGGCUGCAGUUUGACGAACAGCUGACGAGGGUCAAGAACGAUGCCGAAGAAGAAAAGAUGAAAUUAAUCCUUUGCCACGAUCAGCAAAUCGUUGCCCUACAACAGACCAACAAACUGGACUUGUGUCAAUUGCAAAAAACGGCAUUGGAAAAAGAAACGGUACUCGACGAAAGGGUCAAGUCGUUGGAAUGCGAGAGAGACCAAAUCAAGUCCGAAAAGGAUCAGUUAACGGAAGAAAAUCAACGGUUAAUAGAAGCCAGAAAACUUGAGAAUCCCAGUUUAGGUUACCAAAAACUCUGCGACGAAGCCGAAUCGUUGAGGACCGUAUUGGAGCUGAGAAGUUCGGAAAUGCAAGAAUUACGUAAGCAAAACGAAAAACUACAAAGAGAAGUCGAAGAAUUGCCGGCAAUUUUGCAAAAGUUAGAGGCUGCCCAGACACGUGUCGAAGACUUGAAUGUUCAGUUGCAAAGGAAAGCCGAAAUAGAAAUGCAAUUAAGUUUGGAAAGAGACAAAAUGGCUCGAGAAAUCGAUUUGGAAAAACAAAAGAAGAAACGUCUGUCGUGUCACAACGAAGAACUUCAGUGGAAACUGAAGAAGAGUACGGAAGUAGCUAACCACCUGGCCGUAUCGACCAAACGACUAAGUCAAACGCCGCAAGACCUAGCGGCCAUGAAAGAAGCGCAGAACAACUUUAUGAAACUCUGUAAAGGAAGUUCAAAUUCUGAAAACAGCGGUGACGAAGACGACGACGACACGAUGACCAGCCAAUUUGAAGUCGAUCACUUGGAAGCGCCCGCCAAGAUCAUGGGCGUCAUGAAAAAGAACGAUUCGCUGUCGUACGUGUUCGAGGUGGAAGAAGAGCCGUCCGAGAUAGCCACUCGAAUGGUACGGCGCGCCAGUAGUCUGCGGUCGGUGGGCAAAGCCCGUACGCGUAACCGCGACUCGAUCGGCGAGAAACGCAGUCGUGCUAAUUCUCAGUCCGUGUCGAAGAAGAAAUCGGUCGAUCUGGACACAACGUACACUGGCGGCAAUCUCGACGAUGUGUUCGGACCCAGCAACAGCGACAUAUGUAUGAGCGACUGUUUUACGUGCAGUUCCGACUCGUCGUCAAACUCUUCGCCCGAACACAACGGGUACGAUCCGAAGAAUCGCAUGGCGUCGUACAUCGUAAACAACAAACCGACGGCGGACAGAAAAACCAAAAGCAACGGGCUGACAAUUUAACGUCUCCGUAGUGAAUUUGCACAACGAUGAUUUGGUUUUUUUAUUUUUUAUUUUAAUAAUUAACUUAUUUCUAUUGGAUUGUGCCAAAAAUGUAUCGUUUGUAUAUUGUUUUUUUAAUUGAAAUCAAAAUUGUAUUUUAUUUUUUCCAUUUGUAUAUUUGCUAAUAUUUUGAAUUAUUUUUUACUUAUAAAAAGUGUUUAUGAUUUUUUUUUUUUCUUUAGUAACUUUUAAGACUGAAUCGCGCUUAAAAAUAAUUUGACCGAGUCUUUGGGAGAAACUUUUUUGUUUAAAAAAAUAAUUUUAACGUGUUUUAAAUAAUAAUAAUAAUAUACUAAAUAUAAAAAAAUAUAUAUCUCAACCAAUAAUUAAACUACAACGAUGAGUGUUCAUAUAUAUGUUAUAUACAAUAUACCGUAUAAAAGUAUUUUUUCCUACGACACCGUGUCAAAUUUGUUUACAUUUCAAGCCGCUAGGCCGUUAUUAUUGCGUAAUACCAAUUUGUUAAUUUUAUUGUUUUUAAUUAUUUAUUUAUUUUGUUGAAAAAAAAAAAUGCACAAAAAUGAAUUUGUCGUGUAUCUUUGAAUUGUACACAUGUGUGUGUCCAAUUAGUAGUUAAAAGCACAUUUCAAAUAGAGAUACUAAUCAUGACCACUUUGACUAAGUUUGACUUGUGUGUUAAAUAUUGUACACUAGUGUUUAUGUGAAUUAUUUAAAACCCAUAACAAUAUACCUAUAUAUAUUAAAAAAAAAAAUGUGUAUUAUUUAAUUACACAGAUUUAUGUUUACUACGGUUUGUCAACAAACUUCAAUGCUUAAG